CUCACAAGCACCGACGAAUUGGGCAACUAUAAUAAUGCACCAAACUGCUAACGAGAUUCCACUAUAUGCUAGAAUGACAACCAACGUCACCAUUUUAAAGAUUGAAGACCCCUUCCAUUUCUGGGGGAAGGAGGUCCUUGGACCUGGAAUGUCCCAGGAGACCAUACAAUUUCAGGAACUUUGUGAAGAAAUUGAGGACUACUGCUCUUCUGACCAGUACAUCAUAGAACAUGUCAACAACCCAGUCAAGGGCAAGAUGUAUCUUGUUCAGCGGCCUAGCGAUAGUAAAUGGUAUCGAGCUAGGGUCCUCAGUAAUUAUCAGACUGCUCAUGGAAUCAAAGCUUCAUGCCAUCUCGUAGAUUAUGCCGAGUCAUUCCUAGUUCCAAUCAAUCGAUUAAAAGAAAUUCCAGCCAAACUGAAGAAGUUUCCAUCGCAAGCCAAACCGUUCAGACUCCAUGGACUGGUCCCCACCACCUUACAUGUUACCUUAGAAGAAAAUCAGGCAGAGCUUGGACCAGCGGAAAGGUGGGACAUAGCAGCUGUGGAGUAUUUCAAGAACAUUGUGGAAGACCGUUCUGCUCAGGUGGACAUACAUGGGAUUGGUCAGAGGGAAACACGUUUUGUAACCCUGUAUGUGAACACACCUCAAGGACAGGUUAAUGUAAAUGAAGAGCUUCUAAAGCAGGGGUUUGCUAUGGUUGUUGAAAGGGACUUUGAUGAAGUAUCUGAGAUAGGAAGUUCUGAAGGAGGUUGCUCCCGACCUGUGACUCCUAGGACGUACACCCCCAAGAUCUCCAGUCCUCCUCGGAUCAAAGAUGUCAAGCAGUCAAGAGUGGAGACAUCCCGUCCAGGAACCAUACCCUGGAAACCAGGAGGUCAUUCAGAUCCGAUUGAUAGGCAGAGUAAGCAUGAUGAUAGCUUGAUAGCUUCAGAUGCGGAUGUUCCUCAUGGCAUGCCAAAAACAAGAGGAUCUUGUUCUUCACAAGGAGAGAUCCAGGAAGAGAUAUUUUCUGAUGGUACCUUGAAAGACGCUGAAGGAUUGAGGACAGCUCCAGCUACAGGCAGAGGCCGCGGACUAGCAGCUCUUGCAGGGACUAGUGAGGUUGGGCGAACUAGAUCACCAAGCCCUUUGUCACCUCCUCCUACAACCUCUCCUCCUUCAAACAUUUUGAAGUCGGAUAACCUUCAGAGGAUGUUGGUCAAAUCACCACAACGAUCUCCUGUGGAUCAAAGGUCACAGUCUCCACAAUCAUCACAGUCUCCUCAAUCGUCUCCAUCGUCGAUUGUUACUAUGUCUUCAAAGAGCCCCUCCCAACCUUCUCCUCCUCCUAGACCAAGGAUUCGCACACCCCUUGUGAUUGCCAACUCUACCAGACAACCAUUCAUGAAAGAAGUGAGUGUGAGACCAAAGGAACUAUCACCCCAACAGACUACGAGGCCCCGUCAAUCUGGGACAAAAUCUCCUCCAUCUUUCGUCCCCGUCCAUGAUUCUUCAAUUCCAAGAAGCCGCAGAAGCAUCGGUAGAGGAGUAUCUCAGCAGAGCCCAUCUUCUUCUGAUUGGAAUAAAAUGACGUCAACCAGCGAACAAUCAGAGGCCUCUGAAGGAGAGGUGACUACACCAGUCAAAGCAUCAUCAACAUCCCCUUCUUCCGAACGUGCAAAGAUUAUUCAAGAAAGUCUUAUAAAACAGUUAAAGUCUGGUAGUCCUGAAGAUGGAGCUCAUACUGGACUCUCUGUGCAUCACCAUGGUAACGAGAUGGGUGUGGUAGUGCAUGGGGAACGCCCUCCUGAUCCAAUCAGACAGUUGAAGAAUGCCCCGUUUCCUGAGGUGAUCAAGAAGCAAUAUGAGAGAGAAAAGACUCACCUAAACAUUAAUCUUCUUGAGGCCUAUGCUUGGCCAGCAGUACUGAGGGGUCGUGACCUCGUUGGUAUAGCACCGAGAGACAUAGCUACUAACAGUCUGGCGUUCAUUCUACCGAUCAUUACUCAGCUGCUGCGAUCAUCUACAUAUGCUGACCUACCACCCGGAAAUGGGCCUCUAGUGUUGAUUCUAUGUACAUCUUGGGAGCAUGCAGAGACAGUAUGUGAACUGUGUGAGAAGUAUGUCAGAGCUGCUAGCAAGUCAAUCAACACCAUCUUCCUGUACGGGGGUAACAAUGAAAAACAGCAAGAGGUCCAGCUGGUGAAUGGAUGUCAGAUCUUAAUAUCAACCUUACCAUGUGUGCUGAAGAUGAAAGAAAGGAACCUCACAAACUUCAACAGACUCAGUCAUGUGGUAUUUGAUGAGGCAAACAUACUCUUCCGGGAUUUCUUAGAUGAGGUGAAGACGAUGAUGCAGGAGUUCCUCAGCGUUCUACGGGUUGACCAGAGACGGUCAGCUCCAAGGCAACUACUCAUCUUCUCUAAUGAAUGGACAUCAGCUAUCGGUUCCUUCCUAAGGACGUAUAUGACCAAUCAACUCGUAGUCAUCACUCACAAGAUGGAGGCAGCUGUCUAUGCCAGGGUUCGGCAGAACAUAGAGUUGUUAGAUACCACCCAACGAACCCAGAUCUUAUUGGGUAAGCUACAAUCAGGAAUGCUCAAGGGAACCAAAUCAAUCAUCUUCACUAAUCAUCGCAAGACAGCUGUAGAACUUAUGAAGAUCCUGACAACAGCAUCCUUCUACACCCUGCUAGCCACCGAUGACAUGCCUAGUGAUAACAUUGAAAGAAUCAAGAAAGAAUGGUACACUCAUCAUAGAGCUGAUUCUAUCCCUAUCCUAGUGAUGACUGAUGGUGCAAUCAAUGAUAUUGAGAUCACAGAUGCUAUGCAGAUCAUUCACUAUGAUUUCCCUUCUAACAAGGCUCAUUAUGGGAAGAGAAUGGCCUGUAUGAUGAGACACUUUGAGUCUCAACUAAAACAGAAGAAGAAUUCCAGCUGCCAGUCUCUCAGCUUUGUGAGUCCAGACAGCAUUCAUGUCUUGGCUCAUAUGUCUGAUAUUCUCUUCCGUUCUGGGCAACCUCUCCCUCCUACGGUCACUCAAGAACAGGUUGAACAGGUUAAAGAAGAACAUCGGAAGAACAAACCUCUCUGUGUACAUCUUAAAAGUUUUGGCGUUUGUAGGAGUAGGAUGCCUUGUGGAGACCGUCAUCAAAUCUUCUCAGAUGUAGAUGAGCCUGGGAUCAACCCACGUUACAUAGCCCUUCCCAAACAAGGCACAGUCAAGUUGAUUGUGACAUUUGUAGUGAAUGCUUCCCACUACUAUGCCCGUCUGCUGGCCCAUCGGCAUUCUCCUGAUCACAAGGUUGUUUCCAUGACAGCGGACUAUGUCAAGUUGACCAUUGACCUUCAGAAGUGGUACACUGACCCAGUCAAUAUCAUAGGUCAACGACCUCUUCAGAAGGACGAUGUUUGUGGUUUCAAGGAUCAUGCAGGAUGUUAUUUGAGAGUUAAAGUACUAGCCUUUGUUACCAAGGAAACCGUCGACUCGCCUGGCAUUGCCGAGGUUUACUUUGUUGACCAAGGAGGUAGAGACAAGGUUCAGAUUGACAAGUUACUCAAGCUGCCUGACCAUCUAUGCCAAAUCAAGUUUCAGGCUGUUGAGGUAUUUGUAAGCCGUGUGAAGCCCACAGACAAGGAUUACUCAUGGAAUCCACGAGCAGAUUAUUUCAUGACUGAUUUCUUGAGUAACAAGGAACUAGAUGGCAAGAUCGUCCUCACCCUUGGUAACAGUCUGUGGUUGGAUCCAUUAGUUGAACGAUGCCAUCUUCCUGAAACCAAGCAUACUGUUGAGGUUCAUACAAGAAGAGAGAUGCUCAAGCAAGGCUUUGCUGUAGAUAAUCCAAAUCAUAUCAGCAAACUUCAGGAGUUAUGUAAGGGGAAACUGCAAUUACCCAAGGAUACCCCAUUAACACAAGUUAAUAAAAGUGUGAAGCUGCCAGCUCCUGCUCGUCUGAGUGAAGAUGCACCCAAUCAGGUUUAUCUAUCAGCUAUAGAGAACCCUCAUCACAUCUAUGUACAACCAGUCAAAUCAAAUUAUAGGUUAGAGAACCUGAUGCAGAAUCUUAAUCACAAGAUGGCUGACUAUGAACCAACAGGAGAAUGUCAAGUAGCUAAAGGAGAGCUGUGCAUUGCAAAAUGUGGCAUUGAUGACAGAUGGUAUCGUGGUCGCGUGGUGGAUGAGAAAGAUGAUGAGAGGGAUAUCUUCUUCAUAGAUCAUGGUGAUAUGGAAUUCAUUCACAAGGAUUAUGUUUGUCCUUUACCUCAAGAAUUCACCGAUCUUGGCCCUCAAGCGAUUCAGUGUAGUUUAGAAGCCAUUCAGCCACCAGCCAACCAACAGGCCUGGGAUGAUAAGACUACUGAUGAGAUGUGGAAUAUGUGUGUGGGAGAAACCACCAAGGUAGCUGUAUCUGUUGAGGUUCAGACCAGUGGAUUAUGUGAUAGUACUGGUGGUUAUCAGUACACAGUAAACAUGUACAAUGAGAUGGGAGGAGAGAAGAUCUUAGUCAGUAAGAGAUUGAUCGAUGCUGGAUUAGCCCAACCGACACAACAAUUCAUGAAGAUGAUGUUUCCAAUGGAAUCAUGUCCAUCGGGGGAUGGUAUAACUCAACAACUCAAUAAACUAUGUGCACAACUCUACCAAGUCAAGAGCUUACAAGGUCAACUUGGAUUGGUUGCCAAGAUAGAUGAGCUCCUAUUAAGUGAAAGUGAUAAGGAAACUCUUCUCAAAGGAGGAUGUAUCAAAUCACUAUGUCAGGUUCUGUGCAAUGGAAAACUGAAGGAAAAUACCAAAGAACUCCUGGUCCUGAGUCUACUUCGGCUCUCGACAGCAUCACCCAGAAUAUGCCAAGAGAUUGCCAGCCAAGGAGGAUUAAAAAGCAUCCAUAAUGCUCUUAUGAAGGCAUCGGAUACAGGAUUAAAGGAAGAUGUCACCUCCUUUAUCAAUGAAAUCUCAACAGAGAAAAGGACCAGAGACCUAUUCUUAGCUGCUGGAGGAAUCACAAUCUUACAGCAGAUGCUAGACUUGAACAACAGCUGUUUGGUGAUAAAGAAUGUCUGUGACACUUUCAGGAACAUCCUCUUCUACAAUGAUGUUGAACGAGAGAGCAUACCAUCAGAAGUGAUUUCAUCUCUCUGCAAUAUGAUCAGUAAUGCGGAUGAUAACAACAAACUUCCUUGUUUACUUGCUGUUUUGGCAGACCUUGCCAAAAUCAAAAGGAAUCGUGAUAUGCUUUAUCAUUAUGAUGGUUUACAAGCUGCUUGUAACAUCAUGUGGAAUGUUCGAGAUGACAAGGUUGUACAGGAGACUGCCUUGUUGUUAAGGACUCUGGGUGAAGAUUUUGAAGCUGUACAGAUGAUGAUUAAAGAAGAUAUGGUCCCAUGCCUGGAAGGGUGCCUCAUGUCUCAGUAUCUCUCAACACAAACCAAAGAUGAAUGUUUCCCUCUAAUUGACAUGAUUGACCAGUAUGAAAUUAAUGAAGCAUCUUAUACACACAUCAAGGCAUCUCUCCCCCAGUCAGAAUUGACUGUCCCUAAAACCCAUCCAAUGCCCCAAUCAAAUGGCAGUAAUAAGACUCUUCCAUUCAAUGGUGGGGAUGAGGAGGAGGAUGACUUUGAUGACAUGCCUUCUCUAGAAGAUGAUGAAGUGGAGAUCGUAAAAUGUCACCCAAAGAUAUUAUGGUCUCAGCAUGCAAACUCAGUCCUUCUUAGCAUCCAAGUUCAAGACAUCAAACAUCCUAAUGUCAGCGUCACAACAAGCAGUAUUUCAUUCAGUGCAAUUGUAGAACAUACAGAGUAUGAGUUUGAGUUUGAUCUAUUUAGCCGAGUAGACAGUACUAACUACACCAUGGUAUCAGCUGGAAGAGAAUUCCUUAUCACACUUUACAAAGAAAGCAUCGGUAUCAAAUGGACUAGACUCACACAAACAAAAACAAAGAUACCAUACAUUAGCGUAGACUUUGAGAGAUGGCAGGAUGAUGAGGAUGCUGAGAACUCAAAGAGAAUACCUCAUACUUCCAAGAAGACCUCAUACAAACUACUGGAGCCGGGGGAGGAACAAUCAAUUGAGUAUCAUAGUGGGUCAGAAAAGGAGGAGGAUGAAGAUCUGUCGGACUUCUCGGGAGACGAGUUUGACAAAGCUUUUGAAGAUGUACCAACACUGUCAUCAAGGAGUGAUACAGACAUUGGUCAGAGUAGUUGAGGUAGUGCUUGUCUGGUGUGGCAACAAAGAAAACAUGAUCAGUUGCACACAAUGACACGUAUGUAUCAUUCUAAAAACAUGCCACUAUUCUUGAAAAUCAUGUCUCAACCAUCACAUCCCGACUCCGAUACAAGACCAAUUACAUCAAACAACAUCACAACACAAGUUGUGCAUUUCAUACGCAUUCAGUGGCCAGAGACUCCCCUUGUUGAAUACAAAGCUAGGCAGGAUUAAAACGCAGUGUGUUUGUGAUAAAUCAUGUAUGCCUGUGUGAGAAACAAUGACCCUAGUAGUUUUGGGGGUAUGGAGGUCAAAGGCUCUAGGUCACAGAGGUUAUUAUAUACCUUACAAUGUACGGUUAUUUGAUAACCCAAGAACCAUUUGUCAUGCAGUAUCAACUUCAAACUUGGGUCGUGUUUGCAUAUUAAUGUGAUGGUGAUUAGAUAAGCUUUGCAGGUCACUAAGUCUAAGGUACCUGGAUACCAAGAUCAUUAUAUACCUCAAAACGCCUUGUACAUGUGAUAGCUCAUUAACCAUUUGAAGUAUCAACUUCAAAAUGUCUAUUCGAAUGACAUGAUAAGAUUAGUUGAGGGAACAUAGGUCAAAGGUCACAUAGGUCAAAGCUCACAUAGGUCAUGCAUCCUGAAAUACAUGUAUAUCAUUUCCAUGAUAAUUCAAGAACUAUUUGAAGAAUUAACCUCAAACUUGUUCAUGAAUGCAAGCAUAUACAAGUAGGAAUGACAAUGGUCUUGAGUUUUGGUGAAUGGCUUCUUUAUUUUAUAAUUUAAUCUGUGUGAUUAGAUAAUUGAUGGUUGCACAAAUAAAAAAAAAAUGCAAUAUAGUUCAGAUCUGCCAAUGGCAGAAGCAUAUAGUUUGACUGAGUGCAGUCAAGAAUCCAUCUAGGGUAUUGCCUGUUGGAGAGAGCUAACAACUUCCAUUUUGUCAAACAAAAAAUACAUGAGGAAAAGAAAUGCAAUAUUUCUAAUACAAUCAGAUGCAUUUUUUUCUUGCUACUUUCUGCAGAGUAAUUUGAGAAUAUUUCUUCGACUUCUCCCAUAGAUGGAUGAACCAUGAACUAUGAUAAAAUUGCUCUAUGAAGUAUUGCUGUGUUAAAGAUAACCUUAAUGAAAUUGAAAGAUAUUGUUAUUUCCCAAUACAUCUCAAUCUCAUACCAGUCAGGCUCAAUCAAUGAGGAAAAAACUUCAACCCUCAAAGAUUUCAACCAAAGAUUUUCACAGAUUUUAAUGGCAUACAACACCGGGAAAAGCAUACUACAAAUUUUGAAAAUCUGUAGUUUUGAAAGUGAUUAUUUGGGUUGAAAUAAUCACUUUCUUUACAUAAUCUCUCAAUUUUUGCACUCUAUAUUCCUUAUCAAGUUUUUUAAUCUAAGGAGAAAAGAGCAGUAGAAUUAGAGCCACUGCAGGUACUAAAGAUGUCUUCAUCUGGUUAAAAAAUAGAUGUACAGUACAUGAUCAUGCAUUCUACAUACUAUCCAAAAUGUGGGUUAGAAUUUAAUUUUUUAAUGGGGUAAAUUUUUUUCAAUUUGGUCACUUAACAGAAAUAGGAAUGCAGUUUAUGUAGGUAUUCCAGAGUGUUUUGUUGAUCACAAGAUGGAAUAACUCAUUUUAAUCAUAGUUGUAUGGAUGAAUUAUGAGCCCCUUCAAAAUGGUAAAUUGCAAAUUCGUCUAUUGCCAACUCAUCCACUCACCACAUGGUCUACUUUCAUUUGAUCUCAUGCCAUUCCGUCCAUCCUUUCGUCCAACAACCAUUUGGCCUGAUAAUCACUUCAUCUAAUCACCAUUUCAUCUCAUAACCAGUUGGUCUAAUAUGUAUUUCAUUUUUGUCUCGCCCACCAGA